AUGUUCAUCAGUAAUGGCUGGAUGAGUGAUAUGGUGAUUGUAGUUGCUGUGACUAACCGUGAAGCAAAGACAGCAGCUCAUGGAAUCAGUCUGUUCCUGGUUGACAGUGGCACUAAGGGCUUCCAAAAAGGCCGCAAACUGGAGAAGCUCGGACUCAAAGCUCAGGAUACAGCUGAACUGUUUUUUGAGGAUGUGCGUUUGCCUGCUGAAGCUUUGUUGGGUCAGGUCAAUAAAGGAUUUUAUUAUAUGAUGAACGAGCUGCCACAGGAGCGCCUUUAUAUAGCAGUCAUGGCUCUUGCCAGCAGCGAGUUCAUGUUUGAAGAGACAAGGAACUUUGUGAUGCAGCGGAAGGCAUUCGGCAGGACCAUCGCUGACCUGCAG